AAAAUAUUUAUAUUAUGAAAUAGAGGGAGUAUAAUCAAAUUUAUUAUUUGGAUCCCUGAUGGUACAUUGAUUACAAUUUUAGAUUUGGACAUAAUUUGUUUUGAUUUUUUUUGGUCAAUUUUUACAAAAAAAAAUUGGAUUUGAACAUAAAUAUUUAAGGAAAGAAAGAGAAGAAAAUGGUCAAAUGGGUUGACAGCCCCUAGUCAAGAUCCACUGAUUGAUGUAAUAAAGUAAAGUAAAGUAAAUCGCCUCAGACCGGUUACCCAUCCAAUCAACUUUCAUUCCCCAACUUUCACUAGAAGGCGCGUUCAAAUCACGCCGUUAUAGAUGAAGAACGGUGGAGCACACGCGAUGAAAAACUCGAGUGGUUGGAAAAACGUGUGUGAUGCACUGUUCCAAACCGGAGAUCAAAAAAUGUGUCGCUGAGAGAAGAGAAACGUUGACUGGUGGAUACGUCUCCCUCUCUCUUUCUCUUCUCCUCUUCUUCUACGUCUCUAUUUCCGAUACGUCUCUCUAACCCUAACCCUAAUCUCUCUCUCAAAUCAAAAAAAAAAAACGAUGAAGAGGCUAAGAUCCAGCAGCGAUCUCGAUUCGUACACUGAUAAUCACAACAACGCCGACGGAGAUCCUCCGUUCAACUCCUCCUCCGACCGCCCUCUCUCCGCCUCCUCCCACCGCUGGGGUCGCAGGGGACCUUUAUCCCCUUCUCGAUACGACCGCGACCGCGGCGGAGAAGAUCCCGCCGCGAACUUCUCGAGGUCUUUAUCCCGGAGGCGAUCCAAUCUCGACUUCGACGGUGGUGGUGGUGGUAGCAAUCGGAGGAUUAAAGAUCCCGAUGUGCGGUUCAGCAGAGACGAGAGGCUCCACCGAUCCGAGAGGGCUUUUCCGAAGGGGUUUCGGUCCGAGAGAGAGAGGCCUAAUAGGGAAGCUAGCGUGUCUUCUUCGUGGAGGAGGUUUGGUGGUGGUCCUGGGAAUGAUUUUGGGAGAGAGAGCAGGCGAGGAGGUGUUUGGGAUGGUGGUGAGAGGGAGAGAGAGAGGGAGAGGAGUGUUAAGUCUCCUCCUUCUUGGUCUAACGAGGUGUCUAGAGUGGUGAAGGUGGAUUCGAGGAACUCACGGUCUAGAUCUAAGUCUCUAGCUUCUCCGACGUGGUCUAAAGACUCUGGGAGUGAGCAGUCUAAGAGCGUUGGGAAGAAAAGCGAGGAGGUGCAUGGGGGUAAGAGUAGUAGCGAGAUGGAGGAAGGAGAGCUGGAGCCUGAGCCUGAGUCUCAUCAACCAGAGAUUGUUACUGAGGCUACUACCGGUGGUGAUCAGAGCAGUGAAAGGAUUGAUAACAGCUUCCAGGAGAGGAAGAAAAACGCUGACUUUGAUGAUGAUAGGGAAAUGAAAACGGCUGAGAGUGUUGAGAAAGAGGAAAAUGUGGCUGAGCAUGCGGCAGAGAGCAUGCAUACUUCUCAAAACAACGCGGAUUUGGCUAGUGAGCAUGAGCUUAGCGAUGAUAGAAACACUGCUGUUGUCAAUGAGGAGGUUACAGAUGUGGUCGAUGGUAAAGGUGACAGAGAAGAGGAAUAUCAGGAGGAGCAUGAAGUGAAGUUGGAAGAAAGUCUUCAUCCUACUGUUGUUCCUGAACAGUCUCAGGCAGAGGAGAUUAAUCCAGUGAAAGGUAGUGAUGGUGACGCCAAGGAAGCAGAUGUUGAAGCCCCGAAACGUGUUGAGGAAAAUGCUCUAGGGGAUAGACCGCAUCUAUCAGAUAACUCCAUCCACAAAUGCGAGGAUAAAGGCAAAAAUUUGGAUGUCCCAUUUACUCAUUUACAAGAACAUGCUGUCAAUUCUGAAAGAAAGCUUGAGGAUCUUACUGAAAGGGACAGAGAUGAAGAUGACAACUUCGGUGGACCAAGUUCCAGAGGAUUUGAACUGUUUUCUAGGUCUCCCGUCAGAAAAACAAAUAAAACUGAGCACUCAGGUGUCAGUAAGCCAAAGGAUGAGAAGUUGUUGGAGCCGCUGGAUCUUUCACUUAGCCUACCUGAUGUGCUGUUACCGAUUGGUGGUCAAGAUAUUAAUCAGCCUACGGGUUCACCAGUCCGUUCUGGAAGUGUUCGUUCUAUGACAGACACGUUUCGUACUGAUUCCGACGGCUUCACCAUGUCUAUGUCCUUUUCAGGUUCACGUUCGUUUAAUCAUAACCCGAGCUGUUCGUUGAAUCACAAUAUUGGAGAUAAUGAGCAGUCAGUUCAUAGCCGACCGAUAUUUCAAGGUAUAGAUUGGCAGGCACUGUCUCAUAAUGAUCCAAGGUACAAUGAGAAUACAGUCUAUCAGAAACUGAUGGAAAAUGGAAAUGGUUCAGUUGCUCCUCCUCAAUCAAUGAAAGGAAUUUUAAUUCCGGGUCAAGCUGAUGAAGAGCAUCUUAGACUGACCGAUGGGAGCUCUAAGGCAGUUGAUAGGCUUGAGAAGCAGUUGAGUUUCCAGAAAAGUGUUGACGUUAGAUCAGCAAGUCCAAGAACGGGCUCUUUUGAAAAUGGUUCUAAGCUCCAUGCUGGGAAGAAAAAAGCCAUGGACUUUUUCGGAGGUAGCAUCUCCGGGGUAAGUGGCAUGAACGCUGGUGGGGAAGAAUCUGUUGAGAUUGUAAUAAGAUACAUUCUCUCCGACUCGAUGCAUGUGAUGACCAAGAGGUUUCAAGAGAUGCCCACGCGAUACAUAGCUAGCUUGAAGGAAUACAUCAGGCAGAUGAUGCUGAACAAGGAUAAGAAUGCACGACUUGGUGUCUUUCAAGAUGGUCUGAAGAACAGGACUGAUAUUACACUGGAAUUGCUUACGAAAUCACACCGUGCUCAGUUGGAGAUAUUGGUCUCUCUGAAAACAGGACGUCCUGAUUUCCUCGAGCUGGACGAGAGUAUCUCCUCUACCCACUUAGCUGAGAUCUACAUGAACAUGAGAUGUAAAAACCUUUCGUGCAGGGUUUUGGUGCCUGUGGAUGAAUGUGAUUGCAAGGUUUGUUCAAGUAAGGAUGGGUUUUGUAGUGCUUGCAUGUGUCUUUUGUGCUCGAACUUUGAUAUGGCAUCCAACACAUGUAGCUGGGUUGGGUGUGAUGUGUGUCUUCACUGGUGUCACACAGAAUGUGGGAUACGAGAAUCUUACAUCCGGAAUGGGAUCAGUGCUUCUGGUGCUCGAGGAUCGACCGAGAUGCAGUUCCACUGUGUCGCCUGUAACCAUCCCUCGGAAAUGUUUGGCUUUGUCAAAGAAGUGUUUCUGAAUUUUGCCAGGGAAUGGAAAUAUGAUCGGUUUUGCAAGGAACUGGAAUAUGUCAGUAAGAUAUUUUCAUCAAGCAAAGACUUCAGAGGGAAACAGCUUAGACAAGCUGUUGAUGCGACACUGGCAAGUUUGACAAGUAAAUUGAUAGACCUUCCUGAAGCAUGCAGUAAGAUAUUGGGUUUCAUUUCAGACUGUGAUUCCUCCACUCCUGGUGAAGCUUGUGCGCCGAUGAGGUACGAGCAGCCAAAACCAAGGCACGAGAGGGGAAGCCCUAGUCAGGACACGGCAUGGCUGAGAUCGGUGUGCUCGGAGAAACCGCAUCAUCAGCCGAAAAGAUCAGCAGGCGUAGUUGAUGGAUUCCACAUGGAGAGACAAGGCGAAGUAUUUGGAGUGGAGACAGGUUCGAAAAGGGAAACUCAAACGGAACCUCGUUUUGAAGAACUAGAGAGCAUAGUGAGAAUGAAGCAAGCAGAGGCAGCAAUGUUCCAAGGGCGAGCGGAUGAUGCAAGAAGAGAAGCAGAGGGGCUGAAACGAAUAGCGAUAGCGAAGAAGGAGAAGAUAGAAGAGGAGUACAAGAGGAGAAUGGGGAAGCUGAGUGUGGAGGAGGUAGAGGAGAGGAAGCGGAGGAAGCUGGAGGAGUUGGUGGCAGUGGAGAGAGGACAGAGAGAGUUUUACGAGAUGAAGAUGAGAAUGGAGGAAGAGAUGAGAGGGCUUCUCACUAAAAUGGAAGUGACGAAGCAUUCUCUGGCCCUGUAAUAUCUAUAGUUAUUUGUAGCAGUAGUAACCAUAUGUGUUAUCUACACUCGAAAGUGGCACAGUUUAAUGUAUAUUCUGUUUUUAAGGGUCACUGUUACUUA